GUCUGCCAGUUGUAUCUUUGCAUCUUUCAUUCCCCAAACCAGAUUUCUCGACUAUUACUACCUGGUACUUUUGAAUAUACCCACCAACAACCAAAACUUGAACCGCCUCACUCUACCCAAGAUGAGACUCUUCUGUCUUCAACAUAUCCUAGGCCUCCCGGCCCCUUUGGCAUUGAUGCUCUUGAUGGCCAACGCAGCAGCUACACAAAACAUCACUGCAAAUAUCUCGUCCCCGGGAGUUGCUCCCCAAACCACAACGGCGAGUAGCCACCCAGUUCCGAGCGGCGACUACGUGUUCACCAUAGUCAACUCUCACACCGCGCCCGUGUCAACCAAGCACGCCCAAGGGGCAGGAAGCCCUACCGCGAUCCGGAACACCAACGAAAGCAGCAUCAUUGCCCCCUCCCAAACCGUCACAUUCGCCGUCCCCACCGGGUGGUCCGGACGAAUGGCGAUGUGGGAAGACGGCUACGUCGUCGCCGACCGAGCGUCCUUGCUAGAGGGAUCGUUCAUGCCAAACCCAGCCGAGCCCGCGAUCCUAGCGUUGGAUGUUAGCUACGUGGAUGGUUUCACAGUACCGAUGGUUUGCGAGUGCAAUCAUGCGGUGGUGGCGGGCUGCAACCUGAACCUGCACGACGUUUGUCCGGAAGAACUACGACCAAACAACAAAACGUGCGCGAAUCCGUACCGAGACACCCCUCCACCCCGAGAUGAAGAAAAUAUAUUCGUAAGCUGCAAGGGCAUGGCGUACACAUACCCCAUCGACGAUCUAGCGACCAAAGUCAAUAUCGCUGGGUGCGAGCGCAACAUCACAUGUUGCAUCGGGACGGCCUGCAGGUCGAAUCCGGGACAGUUGUUAUGUCCCGCGACAAACGGAACCGCCAGGGGGUGCGGUGAAAUGGGUAUAGAUAGAUAAAAUCUAGGAAUCGUUGUCGAUGGCUUGAUAUGCGGGAGCCCCUAGAUAUCUAUGAGGACUGGAGAUAUAUUCAUAGUUCGACAUAUCUACAAG